CGGGAGAACUCCCACCUGGGGAACUCCCACCUGGGAACUCCCACCUGGGAAAUCUCACCUGGAAAACUCCCACCUGGGGAAUUCCCACCUGGAGAACUCCCACCUGGGGAAUUCCCACCUGGAGAACUCCCACCUGGGAAAUCUCACCUGGAGAACUCCCACCUGGGAAAUCUCACCUGGAGAACUCCCACCUGGGAAAUCUCACCUGGAGAACUCCCACCUGGAGAACUCCCACCUGGGAAAUCUCACCUGGAGAACUCCCACCUGGGAAAUCUCACCUGGAGAACUCCCACCUGGAGAACUCCCACCUGGAGAACUCCCACCUGGAGAACUCCCACCUGGAGAACUCCCACCUGGAGAACUCUCACCUGGAGAACUCCCACCUGGAGAACUCCCACCUGGGUAAUCUCACCUGGAGAACUCCCACCUGUAGAACUACCACCUGGGAAAUCUCACCUGGAGAACUCCCACCUGGGAAAUCUCACCUGGAGAACUCCCACCUGGAGAACUCCCACCUGGAGAACUCCCACCUGGGAAAUCUCACCUGGAAAACUCCCACCUGGGGAAUUCCCACCUGGAGAACUCCCACCUGGGGAAUUCCCACCUGGAGAACUCCCACCUGGGAAAUCUCACCUGGAGAACUCCCACCUGGGAAAUCUCACCUGGAGAACUCCCACCUGGGAAAUCUCACCUGGAGAACUCCCACCUGGAGAACUCCCACCUGGGAAAUCUCACCUGGAGAACUCCCACCUGGGAAAUCUCACCUGGAGAACUCCCACCUGGAGAACUCCCACCUGGAGAACUCCCACCUGGAGAACUCCCACCUGGAGAACUCUCACCUGGAGAACUCCCACCUGGAGAACUCCCACCUGGGUAAUCUCACCUGGAGAACUCCCACCUGUAGAACUACCACCUGGGAAAUCUCACCUGGAGAACUCCCACCUGGGAAAUCUCACCUGGAGAACUCCCACCUGGAGAACUCCCACCUGGAGAACUCCCACCUUGGGAAUUCCUACCUUUUUUCACCUAUAGUCCUACGUCAUUCCAUUUUCA